AUGACCACCGUACUUGACCGCAUUGACCCCGCCGUUGCCGCUGCCAUCGAAAGCGAAAAACACCGCCAGCGCGAUUCGAUCGUGCUGAUCGCGUCAGAGAACUACGCGAGCAGGGCGGUGCUGGAGGCGCAGGCACAGUUGAUGAGCAACAAAUACGCGGAGGGGUACCCCGGGCGGCGUUACUACGGCGGCUGCGAAUUCGUCGACGUGGUCGAAACCCUGGCCAUCGACCGGGUCAAGGAGUUGUUCGGGGCGGAACACGCCAACGUGCAGGCCCACAGCGGCGCGCAGGCCAACAUGGCGGCCUACUUCGCCGUCCUGGAGCCGGGAGACACGGUGCUCGGGAUGCAGCUGGACAUGGGCGGUCACCUGACCCACGGCGCGAGCGUCAACUUUUCCGGAAAACUGUACAACUUCAUCCCCUACGGCGUGGACCAGGAGACCGAGACCAUCGACUACGACCAGGUGGACCGGCUGGCGCGGGAACACAAUCCCAAGCUGAUCGUGGCCGGCUGCAGCAGCUAUUCCCGUGUGCUGGACUUCCCGCGGUUCCGCGCAAUUGCGGAUUCGGUGGGCGCGAUGCUGAUGGUGGACAUGGCGCACAUCUCCGGCUUGAUCGCCGGGGGAGCCCACCCAUCGCCAUUCCCCCACGCCCAGAUCGUCACGUCAACCACCCAAAAGACCCUGCGCGGCCCUCGCGGAGGCAUGAUCCUGGCCGACGCCGACCUGGCCCGCAAGAUCGACUUCGCGGUAUUCCCGUUCAUGCAGGGCGGACCGUUCAUGCACGUCAUCGCCGCCAAGGCGGUCUGUUUCUCGGAAGCCCUGCAGCCUGACUUCUCCCGCUAUGCCCACCAGGUGGUGGCCAACGCGCAGGUGAUGGCGCAGGAGCUAUCGGAGGCCGGCGUCCGCCUGGUGGCCGGUGGAACCGACAAUCACCUGAUGCUGGUGGACCUGACGCCGCUGGGAGUCACGGGACGGCAGGCCGAGCGCGCCCUGGAAUCGGUGAACAUCGUGGCCAACAAGAACGCCAUCCCCUACGAUCAGCUGCCGCCGCGCACCGCGUCGGGGCUGCGCCUGGGCACUCCCGCCAUCACCAGCCGGGGCAUGGCCGAGGAGGACACCCGCCAGGUGGCCAGGCUGAUCGUGCGGACGCUGGGCAGCAUCGGCGACGAGGCGGCGAUGUCGACCAUCGGCGAUGAGGUGCGCCACCUCAGCCGGCAGUUCCCCGUACCCGGCCUGGACGACGCGUAG